AUGUCCCAACACCAAGAUCGUGAACAUGCUCCCCAUUUGCGGAUCUGCGAUACGCAGCCCCGAUUCCACAAGGGUGUUGCGCAUCUGCUCGUGGACUGUUUUCUAGCCGAAGCGGAAACUCUGGACGCUGUCCUACAGCGCCUUGCGACCGUCCUUGAUCAUCCAGCACGUGGCGCCAUGGUGGCAGUUUACUGCGACAGAGAUGGUGUUGACAAGGUCAUCGGUUUUGUUGACAACUUCAUGACAGAAACUCCGUCUGGGAUCAAGCGAUGGGAGAUUGACCUUCUGGCAGUUGAUUCGAAGUGGCAGGGACUAGGAAUCGGCAGUGCCCUGGUCGAGAAGAGCUUCGCAGAGGCAGAAGCUCGACGAGCGAAUCUGACCAGGGCACUUGUUCGGGUAGAUAAUGUUGCGUGCCAGCAUGCGUUUACACGGAAUGGCUUUGGAAGAAUCGAACCUACAUUUGGCCUCUUUGUCGGCAGUGAAGCGGGUGGUGGGAUACAAGCUCAGUUGCCAGAUUACGCUUACCCCGUCCAUGUAGAGACCUGUCUCUACAGAGGCUGUUGGGUUGAAAAGUCCAAAGGCAAUCUGACGGUGGAAGACUUGGAAAGGGCUAGGUCUUAUCUCCACCGCCUUGACCAAGCUGCCGCAGAAAUUAUUGGAGGGCUGGUGCCUCGGGAACAUGACGACGAGAACACUGUAACACGCCCUAAGGGCUACGAUCUUGUAGGCCAUUACGAGUGGUGGGUAAGGCAAGCUUGA